CCGUAAUAUGAAGGGAAUCAAACUACACUUAACCGUGCUUAUGCUCGUGGCUUCUGUGCUGUGUGCAGAGGCGGGCAGAAGCCGGAAAGACUCCAGCAACCAGAACAGUUUCAGAAGGGCGGCGAAUGGGGUCUACCAGACACUGAGCAACAUCUUUGGAGAGGACAACAUAAGAGGCCUUUAUAAGUUCUUCUCGAAGACUACUGAGCGCUUUGUAUAUGGAGUCGAUGCUUUCCUGGACACCCUGUGGAAGAUCUGGACUGACCUCCUGGAUGUGUUGGGCAUCGACUCCUCCAACCUAAGCCUGUACUUCAGCCUCACCUCCCUCUCCACCUCACCGGCCCGGGCCUUGCUGCUGGUGGCGGCCGUACUGGUGGCCUACUGGUUCCUGUCCUUGUUCCUGGGGGGUUUCUUCUACCUGCUGCACGCUGUGUUUGGGCGCUUCUUCUGGCUGGUGCGCGUCCUGCUGUUCUCGCUCUCCUGCCUCUACAUCCUGCAGAAGUUCGAGGGCGACCCGGAGCGGGCGGUGCUGCCGCUGUGCUUCAUCAUGGUGCUGUACUUCAUGACGGGGCCUGUGGGGGCGUACUGGAGGAGGGGCGGGGGAGCCGCCUCGCUGGAGGAGAAGAUCGACCAUCUGGACACCCAGAUCAGACUGCUCAACAUCCGGCUCAGCAGGGUCAUAGAUAGCCUGGAGCGCCCUGGGGAGCUGUAGGGGGGAUAGGGGGUAGGUAGCCUGGAGCGCCCUGGGGAGUU